AUGAUGCCCAUGCUGAUAUUCCUCCUUUUCACCUUCCCGGUGACUGUCACAGCUGAGGAGCAUGGUCAACACCGAGGGUCCUCAUUUUCUGGAGAAUAUGGAAAUGGAGGGGGAACCAGCUUUACACUCUCUGGGGAGCACAGGAAUGGCAGGAUAACUGGAUUUCGAAUCCAGGAACAAUGUGGCGGGAUCAUCCAUGGCAUCCAGUUCCAGUAUGCCCACAGCUGGAGCAAACUACAUGGCUACAAGGCAGGACUGAGCCAUGAGGUUCUCCUGAAGACGAAUGAGAAGAUCACUCAGGUCCUGGGCAAAUACUACUCAUACUACAUCCAGCAACUGAUAUUCAUCACCAACCAGGGACGUGUCUUCACUUUUGGGCAGCCAGCAGGCUACUCCUUCAAUGCUUCUCCCCACUACCGAGGAGCCUUCCUGAGCUACAUCAGUGGGCACCACAAUAGCUAUGGCCUCACUGGCAUCGGCUUUCACUGGGAUGAGCCCAAGCUCACAAAGGCCUGA